AUGGAACGUGAUACGAACAACAGCUGCCGUCUUCUCGACUACUGUCUCCCACAGCUUCGACAGGACUCGAAGCCAGUCAUGUCCGAAAAGAAGGAGGGCAUUAUCGACAGCCAGCCCCUUCGCUCAUCUGCCCUGGACGCCGCUUCCGAAUUCGUCGACACCCUUCGCACCGCCGAAAAGGGGGGCAAAGACCUCGAGCGCCGCCUCAGAAACAUCGUGACGGCCAACUCCUGGAGCGAGGAGCUCGCCAAGUACAUCCUCGACGGCGUCGAAGGCCUGGUGCGUCACCGAGAUACCGUCGGCCAAGUCUUGAAGGAGACCAUGGACAAGUCGACCGAAGCCGCCGAGAGCGUCUUUGAGCUCGCCAAGGCGCACCCGGUCUUCGUCACCGUUAUUGCCAUUGGCGUAUUGGUCAUUGUCGCUCCGUGGGUGCUUGAGGCCCUUGGCUUUGGCGAACUUGGACCCGUUGCUGAUACCUUUGCCUCGUGGUGGCAGGCGCGGUACGCCGGAUACGUUCCCAAGGGAUCUCUCUUUUCCUUCCUCGAGCGGCUGGGAAUGACUUGGAAGUGA